AUGUUGGGAUUACGUUCAUCAAUCAAUCAUGAUUUAACCGUAUCGCCUGCUGCGUCAGUAUAUGGUAUGGAGCUUACAUUACCAGGUGAAUUCUUAACUGAAUCGAAAUUUAGUAAAUUGCGUUCUGAUUGGGUUGCACAAUUUAAAGCUGAUAUGAACAACGUCAAAGCAAAGAAGGUUAAUCGUCAUGGCGAUUCAAAUAUUUAUGAGCCAAAUGCAUUGAAAGAAGCAGAAUUUGUAUUCAUCCGAAACGACGCUGUGCGAGCUUCAUUACAACCUCCAUACACAGGACCUUUUCCUGUUCUAUCUAGAGGAGCAAAAACAUUUGUAGUUGAUGUUAAUGGAAAACGGAAGACGAUAUCUGUUGAUUACCUUAAGCCAGCCUUAAUCUUGAAAGACGAAAUGCCAACGAAAUCCAUAUCACCUCAACCAGUACCAAAUGAUUCUCAUUCACGAACUCUACGAUCAGGAAAAACUGUGAGAAUUAAAACUUAA